AUGUUCUUGAUUCAAGAAUCCAAAAUAUCUAACAUGGAGGAUUUUGUUGCUUAUAGUAUGUGGAGCAAGAUGGAUGUGGACUUUUCGUUUUCAAAUUCUAUAGGUUUUUCCGGCGGCUUAAUAACGUUAUGGAAGAGUGAUAAAGUGGAAGCGUUGAAUAGUUUCAAGGGUGAGGGAUUCUUGGGUACAAAGGUGAUUUGGAAAGGCAAAAUCUACUAUGUGGUGAACGUAUACUCCUCUUGCGUUCUUAGCAAGAAGAAAGAUCUUUGGUCUAAUUUGUUAAGUCUCAUGGAUAGUCAUAAAGAUGGAGAGUGGAUUAUUGGGGGCGAUUUCAAUGCCGUUAAAGAUAGGAGUGAAAGAAAAGGGAGACAAGAUGGGGAGAACACUAAUGAGAUGGAGCUUUUUGGCAACUUUAUAAAUGAUAGUGGUCUAAUUGAUGUUCCUUGCAAGGGAAAGAAGUUCACAUGGUAUAAUAGCAACCGUAAUUCGAUGAGUCGGAUUGAUCGAUUUUUGAUUUCUAACUCCAUCGUGAAUGAUUGGGGAGUUACGGGACAACUUGUUGGUCCUAGAGACAUUUCGGACCAUUGUCCUAUUUGGUUGGUGUCGGACAAAGAGAAUUGGGGUCCAAAACCGUUCAAAUUUAACAAUGAAUGGUUUGCGAAAGACGAUUUCUUAGCCUUUACGGAAAGGGAGUGGAAAGACAUUCAUGUGGAAGGGAGAGGUGAUUUUGUUCUUAAAGAGAAGUUGAAGAUAUUCAAAGAUAGACUCAAAUGGUGGAAUAGAGAAGUUUUCGGUAAAAUUGAUUUGGAAGUGGAGGAAAGGGUGGGAGACAUAAAUGCGGGGGACGCUUUAGCCGAGACGGUGGCUCCGGGAGGUUUAUCUCUAGAAGAUUAG